AUGCUGCCAGAGAUCACACACGUUAGUCGGGAUGAGCAGCAGCAGCUGGUGCUGCUGCGAGCUGCGGGCGGACACGAGCAGCCGGCAAUGCAAUUCCCAGAGAUUUGGCUGCGCGACAAUUGCCAAUGCAAGAGCUGCUACUUGCCACAGACGCGCAGUCGCUUGCCACAUGGCUGGCACACCAAAGUGCAGGUGCGUGAGCUGAGCUGGUGCGUGGACACGCAGCGUUUGCAUAUCGACUGGAGCGACGAGCAUCAGUCCAGCUUUGAGCUGAGCUGGCUGCAAGCGCGCGACUUUGCACCAGCGAAUCGCAAGCGCUACUUAAGCGACUGCUACAGGCCGGAGCCGCGUCACUGGUCGCGUCAGCAGUACCCACAAAUACAGCGUGAGUUCGUCUAUGAGGAGCUGCUGCAGAGCGACGAGGCGCUGCUGCAGUGGCUGCAACAGUUGGCGGUCUAUGGUCUGGCAAUGAUCCGGCAGGCGCCGCUGGAGCUGAAUGUUCUGCAGACGCUUUGCCAGCGCGUCGGCUUUAUGCGACGCACUACCUACGGCCAUGAGUGGCAUGUGAGCGCUCAGCCGGGCGCCAGCAAUUACGCAUAUCUGGCGCAGCCACUGCCACUGCAUACGGACAUGCCCUACUUUGAAUACAAGCCCAGCAUCACUUUGCUGCAUACGCUGCAGCAAUCGGAUUCACCUGGUGGCUGGAAUCUGCUCACGGAUGCUUUUCAUGUCGCCGAUUUGCUGCGCGCCGAGCAUCCCAAGGCCUUCCAGAUGCUCAGCGAAACGCCCGUGGACUGGGCGGACAUUGGCAGUGAGAAGGGCUUGAGUUUCCACAACAUUUGGCGUGCGCCGGUUAUCAAUUUGGAUGUUCACGGUCGCUAUUUGCGCAUUAACCACAGCGUGCCGCAGCGUGAUAGCCACUUUAGCAUUCCGGCGGAGCAGGUGCGUCCUUGGUACGAGGCCAUGGCGCUGUUUGUGCGUCUGGCCAAUGAGCAGGCCUGCACAUUCAAAACCACACCCGGCGACAUUCUCACCUUUGACAAUCUGCGCUUGGUGCAUGGCCGCACCGGCUAUGACGACACGGACCGCAAUGUGCGCCACAUUGUGGGCGCCUUCCUCGACUGGGACAUUGCCUACUCGCGCUGGCGUGUGCUCAAGCAGUCCUUGGGCUACAAUAACUAGUUGCCAUCCUAAAUGUUUAAACAAUUUGACGCCUUAUCAGUACACAACACGUGAUGCCACAGCAAACAAAAUAAAAACAACAGCUUGUGUUCAAAAAGUAAAAGUUCAGCUGCCCUCUGAACUGCAAUGCAGGUCAAC